AUGGAUGACAAGUCCGCUCUACAGAAUUCCAGCAUCUCAGCAGAUUUCCCACCAACACUAAACAGUGAAGACUUUGUACUAGUUGAUGGUUCCUCAAACUUGGAUGACAAGCCACAGCUCAAGAUAAUGUCAAAUGGAGAUGAACAGCUGGAGAAAGCAAUGGAAGAAAUUCUCAGAGAUUCAGAAAAGAAGCAGAAUCUCAGCUCACACACUGGUGACGACCCUGCUGAGAUGAGUGCGGCGUCCUCUACUUUCAGUGCCAGAAAUCCCCCACUAACAUUAGUCUUGGACCCCAACAAUACAGAGGUUCCAGCGCAGAAUGGCAGCACGUCAACAAACCCCCCAGAAGAGGAAAGCGUCUCCUUUCACAAGCUGUCCUAUUUAGGCCACAUGAAGGUUUCGGCUCCACGCAGUGAGACGGAGGCCAUUCGAGCUAUGGCUUCAAUGAGAGCGCAUUGUUCCUCUGCUGUCACUGUCACUCUCUAUGUCCCCAAUGUUCCUGAGGGUUCUGUCAGAAUAAUGGACCAAUCCUCCAAUUCAGAAAUCGCAUCAUUCCCAAUCUACAAAGUUUUGUUCUGUGUGCGAGGACGAGACGGGACAUCAGAAUGUGACUGCUUCGCGUUCACAUCCAGAGAACCUGACUCCGAUGACUUUCACAUCCAUGUGUUCAGUUGUGAGAUCAAAGAGGCGGUGAGCAGAAUACUGUACAGCUUUUUUACAGCUUUCAAGCGGUCAUGUAAGCAGACGUCCGACGUGAAGGAUUCCACCCUCCCCACCCCAGACAGCGAUGUGUUCACCUUCAUGGUCUCUCUAGAGGUGAAGGAAGAUGAUGGCAAAGGCAAUUUCAGUCCUGUACCCAAAGAUCGAGAUAAGCUGUUCUUCAAACUGAGACAGGGAACUGAGAAGAAAGUGGUCAUCACUAUCCAACAGGUGUCAAACAAGGAGCUGGUGGUGGAGAGGUGCUUUGGGAUGCUUCUCAGUCCAGGCAAAAAUGUUAAGAACAGUGACAUGCAUCUCCUGGAUAUGGAGUCCAUGGGGAAGAGCAGUGACGGUAAAGCAUAUGUGAUCACAGGGAUGUGGAACCCAAAUGUUUCUGCAUUUCAAGCACUCAACGAGGAAACUCCUAAAGAUAAACGAGUGCACAUGACAGUCGCUAUAGACAUGGUGGUAACGGAAGUGGUAGAGCCAGUCCGGUUCCUGCUAGAGACAGUGGUCCGCGUGUACCCCACCAACGAGCGAUUCUGGUAUUUCAGCCGCAAAACCUUCACAGAGACCUUCUAUUUAAAGCUGAAACAGUCUGGGAGUAAAGGAGCUGGUGAUUCAAUCUACGAAGUUUUGAGCUUGCAGCGGCAGUCGGAAAUUGUUGAGGCUCCUACCAGCCCAGGAAGCACAGGUGGAGUCACGUCCCCACAGGAAGAGGAGGAGGCGGAGGAAGAAAGUGACAGUGAACUCUGGAGUGGCUCCGGUGACGUUUCCAAAGAAUGUCCAGAGAAGAUAUUAGGAUGUUGGGGUCAGCUACUCAUCAAAUGGCACAGCAAUCUGAGCGUCAGGCCGAAGGGACUGUCAUCACUCGUGAAGAGAGGGGGUGUACCCGAGGCGUUAAGAGCAGAAGUUUGGCAACUGCUUGCUGGCUGUCACGAGGACCAAGAAAUGCUGGACAAGUACAAGAACCUCAUCAUAAAAGAUUCAGCACAAGAGAGCGUUAUCAAAAGAGAUAUCCACCGAACGUUUCCUGCACAUGAAUACUUCAAGGACACAGAGGGUGAUGGACAAGACUCUCUUUACAAGAUCUGUAAGGCCUAUUCUUUGUAUGACGAGGAUAUUGGCUACUGCCAGGGCCAGAGCUUCCUUGCCGCGGUGCUUCUGCUUCAUAUGCCAGAAGAGCAGGCAUUCUGUGUGCUGGUUCGGAUUAUGUAUGACUACCAGUUUAGAAACCUUUAUAAGAAUAACUUUGAAGAUCUUCAUUGCAAGUUUUACCAGCUUGAACGUUUCCUGCAGGAUCAGCUACCAGAUCUUUACUCCCAUUUCAUGUCACUGAACCUGGAAGCACACAUGUAUGCCUCACAGUGGUUCUUGAGUCUUUUUACAGCCAAAUUCCCUCUGUGUAUGGUCUUCCACAUCAUGGAUCUUCUGCUCUGUGAGGGACUGACUAUCAUCUUCCAGGUGGCAUUGGCUCUCUUGAAGACUUCCAAGGAAGAUCUCCUGCAAGCCGAUUUCGAAGGGGCAUUAAAGUUUUUCCGUGUCCAGCUGCCAAAACGAUACCGGGCCGAGGAGAAUGCUCGAAGGUUGAUGGAACAGGCCUGCAACAUUAAGGUGCCUACAAAGAAGUUAAAGAAGUAUGAGAAAGAAUAUCUGGCAAUGAGGGAGAGUCAGUUGCAACAAGAAGACCCCAUAGAGAGAUACAAGCGAGAAAACCGACGGCUGCAGGAGACCAGCAUGAGGCUGGAGCAGGAGAAUGAUGACCUGGCACAUGAACUGGUCACCAGUAAGAUUGCUCUGCGCAAUGAUCUGGACCAGGCGGAAGACAAGGCGGAGAUAUUAAAUAAGGAACUGCUCCUGACUAAACAGAGACUGAUAGAGACUGAGGAGGAGAAGCGUAAACAGGAAGAGGAGACAGCACAGCUAAAGGAAGUCUUCAGGAAACAACUAGAAAAGGCAGAGCAGGAAAUUAAGAAGACCACGGCUAUCAUAGCAGAGUACAAACAGAUAUGUUCCCAGCUGAGCACACGAUUAGAGAAACAACAGACGGCAAGCCGGGAGGAAAUGGAGAUCCUCAAGGCCAAGCUGAUGGCGUGCAGUCACUGCAGCGAAAUCUUCAGCAAGGAGGAGUCGGCGCAGAGCUCCAGAGGAGACAAAUCAGGUGACGGAGGAGAUGAGAAGGACUCUCUAAUGAAACACUUACGGGAGAUGGAGCUGGAACUGGCACAGACUAAACUGCAGCUGGUGGAGGCCAAGUGCAAAAUUCAGGAGCUGGAGCAUCAGCGAGGAGCACUGCUCAAUGAGAUCCAAGCUGCCAAAAACUCCUGGUUUAGCAAAACCCUGAACUCUAUUAAAACUGCCACAGGGACCCAGCCCACCGCACAGUCACCGCAGGGAGCCCAGGCUUCUAGCCCAGUUCUGCAGGCCCCUAAUGAGAGCACAUAACACCAGGGAAGAGAACAUAACAAGAGCACAAGACGACCAAACGGGAAGCAGAGAAUCGCGUGCAAAAGGAGUACCCAUGUCUCCUGGGUGGAUGGAGGUCAGAGGUCAUGUGACUCUAUUCCAUCACUGAUGUGCCCAGCCAGCUUCUAAUCUCCAUGCCACGGUCUACUUCUGCCUCCUGCAUCUGAACCUUACUUUGGGCUGCUGCCACUUUUUACACUUUAUUUCUUUUAAAAGGACUUGUACUAUUUUAGUAUAAGAAGGGCCCUAGGCUCCAGCCAGUGGCUAACCCGAGAAACGUUGAUAGGCUCACGGCCCUGGCUGCCUGAUUCAUGUGCGUGUUUUGUAUGUAUAAAAUAUGUUGCCGUAAAAAUACAAAUGUUUAUAGAAAUACAUAUUUACAUAUUUGAUCAAAAAAAAAAGUUUUGACAUAUUGCUGCCUAAAAAAGUGCUAAAUAUUUUUUUUUAUUCUCAUCAUUUGUCUCUGGGAUUUCUGCCCUGGGACUUUGUUGUAUUGUAUGCAACCUGACAAUUUAUUAAUCCAUCACAAUAUUAUCAGUAAUAAAAAAGUCAUUGCUACA